CUCUCUCUCUCUCUCUCUCUCUCUCUCUCUCUCUCUCUCUCUCUGUCUGCGGGUCUGCAGGGCCUCGCGCGGCGUCAGACAGGUGAGUGCACUGCGCGCGGAAUGCGAGGAAUGCGCGAGAGAUAGCGGUGCGUGCGUGCGUGAACUCGUCUUCUGUGAGCGGUCCGCUGUGGAAGGAGAAGCACUCGGAUCACGAUGAUCUCCCGCCGAGAAACGCCAGCACAGGGAUUUCUCUGAUUUUCCAGAAGGUCAGGAAAAGCCCAUAACAUCCGUUUCCAUGGCAACCAGUCCCAGGACAUUCCCUGAUGUCCAGAGGACACAAUGCAGCAGGUUUGGCUGCGCGAUGGGAAGGAAACGCUGUUAAAGUGAUAUUCAGAAACACCAGUCUCCGUGUCAGUGAUCUGGAGAGCGUUCUCGGAGGUCUUUUUUACUUAAGAAGAGUUUGGGACGGAGGAUUCGGAGAGAGGAAGUGGCUUUGACAUGAAUGCAUGUUGUACAGUGUUAAAUCCCUGCAGUCUGUAGGAUCAUCAUCAUCAUCAGCACGGUCUGGAGUAACUGUUCAUGUCUGAUGACCAUGUGCAUCUGUUCUGAUGCUGUACAAACUUCUGUUCUUCUGAUGUGUCUAUGUCACCAAGCAGGAGGAAGAGUGUGACGGCCUUCAUCAGUCAGGUGUUCUCAGGCCUGAAGGACAUGGACUCUCUGAAGAAGGAGCUGGAGGAGGAACUCAGACUCAGCACUGAGGAUCUGAGGAGUCACGCCUGGUAUCAUGGACAGCUGCAGCACGAGGGAGCGGAGCAGUUGUUGAGUAGAGAUGGGGAGUUUCUGGUGCGUGACUCCAGCUCCAGCACGGGCGAAUACGUCCUGAGCUGCAUGUGGAAAAAUCAGCCCAUGCACUUCAAAAUCAUACGUGUCGUGCUGCGACCCAAACAGGGUUACACCCGGGAGCUCUUUCAGUUUGAGAAAGAUCAGUUCGAUAACAUUCCAGCGUUAAUUCGCUUUCAUGUCGGCGGACGGCAUCCCAUCUCACAUUCCACCGGAGCUAUCAUCUUUCAGCCAAUCACGCGCACUCUGCCUCUACGCAUCAUCAGCGAGCACCAGGCUGCGAGGUCAUCGAGCUCCUCCCUCCUGUCACGAGGUCAGAGCAAGAGGCGGAGCCUGAGCUCCUCUCAGAAAGACACACUGCAGCUCAACAGCAACAACCUGCUCAGAAGCGGCAGUCAGCCUGCUAAUCUGGAGACAGUUGGGAGACCGUCACUACAGUCCGCUCAAUCUGACAGCAACCUCCGCACAGGUGUCCCACAGAGCUGUCCGUCACAGGAGUCCAGCCCCGCCCCCGUCUCCCUGGUGUUCCGCACUGGAAGUGAGCCUGUUCUAAGCCCAGCCGCUUCCUGCGCCGCUCCGCCCAGCCAGUCGAGUCUCGGCGGCUGUCCUCUGCGCGGUUCUGAUGGACAGCUGCAUUCACGUGCGCCUCCCAAACCACUGCGGAUCUCCAUCGUCUUCACCCCGACUCAACCUGAUUCUGGUCCGGAGACUGAUUCCACCGGCCUCUAUGGUGAGCUGGUGCCACAGAUCCCCAUCACCAUGUUGCCCAAAGGUCACACGGCACGUCUCCGCGCUCAGGAGCGAUGGACCAGCCGCGCACGUCUCACCGAGACCAGCUUUGGCUUCCUGGAGGCGCAGAAGCUGGAGGAGGAGCGCAGGGAGAGCGAGAGGAUCGAGGAGGAUGAGCGUGAUUGGUGUUUCGAGCAGCCGCAGACUGAGACCACAUCAUGUUUCCGUCUGGAUGAGUUCCGCUCGCUCAUGCUGCCCGACAACAACCGUCCGCUGGAUCAGAGCGUCCUGCUGAAGGUCAAAGAGCUGCUGACGCACACCGACGCCAGGACCACCGCACUACACAUGCUCAGCGUCAACUGCCAGGUGGCUCGGGUCACAGGGGUGACGGUGGAGCAGAAGAGGAUAAUGGGAGUGGAAACCGGUCUGGAGCUCAUCACGCUGCCACACGGAGGCCAGCUCAGACAGGACCUGCUGGAGAGGCAUCACACUCUGGCUCUGGGCGUGGCGGUGGAUCUUCUGGGCUGUACUGGGACAGUGGGUCAGCGGGCGAUGGUGCUGCACAGGAUCAUCCAGCUGGCGCAGGAGCUGCGCAACACCACACACGACCUGUACGCCUUCUCCGCCGUCAUGAAAGCACUGGAGCUGCCGCAGGUGGUGAGGUUGGAGAUGACGUGGAGAGCGCUGAGGCGCAAUCACACCGACAGCGCCGUGAUGUUCGAGAAGAGUCUCAAGCCCUUCAUGAAAUCCCUGAAUGAGGGUGACGACGCCGUGGUGUCGGGGCCGCUGUCUCUGCCGCACAUGGAGCCGCUGCUGAGGCUGAUGGAGGGCGAGGACAGCAUGGAGUCCACCGACAGAGGCUGCCAGCUGCUCUACAACCUGCUGCAGUCGGCACGCAACGCCGCGCUACACGCUAACGACUGCACGCAACACGCUCACGGCCUGCUCUCCGCCGGCUGGGAGCCAAUCCCGGAGCUGCUGGAGGUGUUUCAGACAGAGUUCGCCCUUCGGCUCUUCUGGGGACAGAUGGGCGCCAAAGCCGAUCGCAAGGAGCGCUACGCCAAAUUCGACAGGAUCCUCACGGUCCUCUCCAACAAACUGGAACCAGACGGCAGCUCGGAGAUUACAGUAAAUGUUAAAACAGACCGGAAAGACUGUCCAAGCCAAAGCACAAUCAGAUUAUAAAGGACCUUCAGACGUGAUGCUGUUGUAAAGGUGAAGUGUCGAUUCUCUUAUUAUAAAAUUCUAUUUUAAUGCUGAAAAUAUGCCAUGCUUUACCUUCAAUUUGUUUACAGUGAUGAUGAUUUAAAGCUGUGAUUGUGUUCACACCUGAGUGAAAUUUGCCAAAUCUAUAUUUCUGACCGUUUAUAUGUAAAGAAUAUAUUUGAAUUUCUUAAUGGAUUCAAAUGGAAAUAAAUAUAUCAAACUAAGUCUGUUUAGUUUGCAGACAACAUGAAAGAGCAUCAUGUGAUUUACUUUCAAAUAUAGUCAGGAUUAGGUGAACAGCCUACUCGAUGAAUUGAGAAAGGUCAGAUGGGACUGAAUAAAAGUCAAAAAUGAACAAUAAGCAAAAAUAUAAGGAAAAUAGCAGUGGAGCAAGUCAAAAAAAUGACAUUUAGAGGUCUGUGCACCAAUGAUCUCACACACCGUGGAAUCCCUGGAAAAUGUACUGAAUUGCAAAAGAGUGAAUUUGGUUUCACUUUGACUGAAAAUAUUGGCAUUUAUUAACUGUUGUGUGUAGCCAGCAGGCGAAGACAAACACCAAAACACAUCCUGCGCAUCUAAAACCAGCGAACUCACGGCACAUCUGAUCUGAAACAUCAUUACCACUUAAACAUCCUUGCGUUUGAAUUAAAAAUAAAUAAAUACCUUAAUGCCUGUUCACACCAAGAACAAUAACUAUACCUUUAAAGUUUUAAUUAACGUUCUAAUACAUUGAGAAUGAGGAAGUCCACACAACUUCGAUAUCACACUGAGGAACGAUACAUUCGAUACGAUACGAUACAUGCAUACAUUCUCGAAUCACUUCCAGAAAGCUUUUGUCCCGCUGAUAAAUGAUAAAAACACUGACAAUAAAUCAGAAUCCAUCUUUAAUAAAGACCACAACAUUUAAAGCGGCAGACUUCAUAAACAGAACAUUUAUAAACAGAUCAUUCUUGGCGUGAAUGGGCCUUAAAGGGACAGUUCACCCCCAAAAUAAAAAAAAAACAGAUAAAGUCAUCAUUUACUCACACUGUGGUGUUCUAGCCCUUCUUUCAAUUUCAGGCAUCAUUUCCCACAUUAUAUCACAGAAUGAUCCCAUGUCAUAUAUUCCAAGUGUUCUGGCGGCUUAUAAUCUACUCAAAAUGUAAUGUAUUAUUUAAUGAAAAUCCUGACCUUGACUGUUGUUCAUGUGCAUGGCAUUUAAGCAUUUAAAGUGGCGGAUGCACUUGUUGAUAUCAUCCGAUGACGUGGACGCUAAUAUAGAUGUCGUUAUAGUUAUCAUUUUUUUGGGUUAAACAGAUAUUUAAAUUAAAUAUGGCAAUCAUUCAGCACAAGUUUGGACACACUUGACUGUUUUUAUGCAUCAUGAAG